AUGCAAAGAAUAUUUCAAAGAAUAAGACCUCAUUUAGGUCUCAGAAGAAAUAUAAGUUCAAGUAACAAUUAUCUUAUUAUUAAAGAAGAGAAUGGCACAAGGGAGAUUACUCUAAAUCAUGAAAAAACAAGAAACUCUCUUUCACUUGACAUGAUGUCCAACAUCAUUAAAGCAGUGAAUCUCAAUAAAGAAGACAUCUCACUCAGGGCAAUAAUUUUAUCUGCAAAUGGAAAUAUUUUUUCUGCUGGACAUAAUCUUAAGGAGCUUCAAGAAUCUACAGGCAUCAAUCAACACAAAUUGGUCUUCAGUAAAGCAUCUGAACUAAUGAAAUCAAUUGUUCAAAGUCCUGUACCAGUUAUUGCGAAGGUCAAUGGAUUUGCUGCUGCUGCAGGCUGCCAAUUAGUAGCUACAUGUGAUAUGAUUAUAUGCUCUGAAACAAGUAAAUUCUCAACACCUGGAGCAAAUUUUGGUGUUUUCUGUUCAACACCUGGUAUCGCAAUUGGUAGAAGUAUGCCAAAAUCAAGGGCUAUGUAUAUGUUAUUAACUGGUGAACCAAUAACUGCACAAGAAGCCUAUGAAAGUGGACUAGUCACCAAAGUUGUACCAACCCAAGAUCUAGAUUCAGAAGUAAAUAAUGUUAUCGAAAAAAUAAAACUCAAAAGCCGUAGUGUGAUAUCAAUUGGCAAAGAAUUUUACUAUAAGCAGAUGGAUAUGGGUCUAUUUGAUGCUUAUAAAUUUGGUGAGGAUAUAAUGGUUCAAACUAUAAGCUCAAAUGAUGGACAGGAAGGAAUAAGGAGUUUUGUUGAGAAGCGAGAAGCUGUAUGGGGUCAUAAAUAA